AUGCUGCAGCUGGGGCUCAGCGUGCCCCGCUGCCCCGGGGGCGCGGCCGCCGCCUGCCCCAUGGCCGAGCCGGGCACGGGCGAGGAGCCGGGCACGGGGCCGGAGGCGCCGGGCUCGUCCCCGGUCACCAUCGUGGUCACGUCCGAGGCCGACACGUGGGACAUCGACACCUCCCCGGGCCGGGGCUGCGGGCCCUUCGUGGACUGGGCCCAGAUGCCGGAGGCGCGGGGCCCGGCGCGGAUCCCGCGGGACGUGCUGAGCCGGCCCCCGAAGGAGCUGAAGCGGCUGGCGAGGGAAGGCUGCUGGGCCGGGAGCCACGCGGGCCGGGCCCGGCUCUACCCGCGGCUCAUCCAGCGCGUCUCCUGCCGCCUGGUCACCCCCGACGCGCUCGUGUACCGGGACGUGGCCGGCCGGCUCUUCGGGCAGCGCAGCGUGAGCUCGCACCCCCUGCCCGAGUUCCUGGAGGGCUGCCCCGUGCCCACCUACUGCCUCAGCCCGCGCGGGGUCACGGCCCUGAGGAAGAUCCUCAUCUGCGUGGGCGCCCUGUUCCCCGACAUCACGCACAGCCCGCUGCUGCCGGCGCUGGCGGCGCUGCUGCUGCACUACAGCGAGGACGAGGCCCGGUGCUUCGAGAGCCUCUCGCGCCUCAUCGCCAGCAACGCUCCCCACGCCGCCUACAUCGACCAGUCCUUCCUGGCGCACCAGGCCUCCUGCAUGACCUUCGGCGACCUGGCCAGCAAGCACUGCCCCGCGGCCCACAAGCUCAUCGCCGCCGCCGCCGACAACGUGCUCGAGGUCUACUCGGAGUGGCUGUCGUGGCUCUUCCCCGGGCUGCCCUUGGCCUACGCCGUGCGCGUGCUGGACGUGUUCCUGCUGGAGGGCCAGAAGGUGCUGUACCGCAUCGGCCUGGCCCUGCUCAAGCAGUUCCGGCUCUCGGCGGCCCCGGCCGGGCCGCAGGGCUCCGACGUCAAGGCCGAGCUGCAGGCCUUCGUCAGGAACAUCGCCCAGCACGUCAGCGUGGACAAACUCCUGGAGAGAGCCUUCGGCAUCCGCCUCUUCUCCCGCAAGGAGAUCUGGCUGCUGCACAUGGCCAACAGGAAGGCCUUGGUGGAGAGGGGCAUCACCGUGGUGCAGAGGAGGCCGUCCUUCCACCUGGCCGUGGACAUGCAGAAGUUCAGCUCCAGCACGGUCACGGCGCAGGAGAUGCGCCUCGUCUGGUCCUGGCUGCCCGAGCGCUUCUCGCUCUUCCCCCCGCUGCUGCUCUUCUCCACCUCCCAGGACGGCUGCAGCCUGCAGAGGUUCUACACGUGCUGUGAAGGCUACGAACCCACGGUGCUGCUCAUCAAAACCACCGAGGGGGAGGUGUGUGGGGCCUUUCUCUCCUCCGACUGGGCCGAAAGGAAGAAGAGCGGAGCCACCUCGGGCUUUUUUGGGACAGGGGAGUGCUUUGUGUUCACUGUGCGCCCCGAGGCAGAGAGGUACGAGUGGGUGCUCAUCCAGAGGCCAGAGCUGGCCAAGGCCGUGCCGCGCUCCCGGCAGCGCUCGCCUUCCCCCGCUCCCGAGUCCCUGCUCGGCUCCUCCCGGGACAACUGCAGCCCCCAGCACCUGGCCGUGCCCUCGGCGCAGGGCAGAGGCCGCCUGUCCCCGUUCCUGGCCACCAGGCACUUCCUGCUGCCCUCCAAAACGGCCUCCAUGUUCAUGUCCGGCUCCCGGGACGGCAUCGUUAUCGGCGGAGGGGGAGGCCAAGCGCUGUCCCUGGACGCCAGCCUGCUGCGGGGACGCACGGAGCGCUGCGAGACCUUCGACAACCCCCCGCUCUGCCGGGAGAACUUCCAGGUGCAGCUCCUGGAGGUGUGGGGCUUCCAGAGCGCCUAG